AUGUCUCGGAUUAGCAUCGAUGACUUCCGCAAACGGUUCAGCAACGUGCCGGUACUGCGGAAGAAAAUGCAAAAGGAAUGCCAAAAUCUGAUCGAGGAGAAUCGCCGUCUGGUGAAUCUGGCCGCCAAUGGUGGAUACGCUAUGAACGGCAGCAUGUUGAUGAAUGGCAGCAACAACAACGGAGCGGCAGGAUUUGUGGGAGUCGGAAGCAGUCUGGGUGGUGGCAGUAGUAGUGGGGCGAGCAGUCUUACGACGACACUGGGGCUUGGAUUGGCUGGCGGUGGAGGAGGAGUGUCGAAUGGAGUUGGAAACGGGGCCGGUUACUCCAAUGUGGAAUCUGUGAUCCUGCAAACGCAGGUGGAAACGCUGCAGUGGCAACUGAAACAGGUUGACUCCAGCCGGCAGAUGUACCGAGCCGUGAUGGAAGAGGUGGCCCGUUAUCUGGAACGAUGCUACCGAACGCUCGAUGCCCUGCAACCCACCAUCAUCGGGCGGAGCAAAUCGGUCCUCCAGGUUUCCAAGAGCACCAUGAACCACGAUUCGGACAGUAGCAGUGCCAGCGCAAGUCCCAGAGCUAGAAGCAGCACCAAUCUGAUCGAUGUCCAGAAGUCCUACACCAAAAAGCAGCAGGAACUGCUACUGCAUCAACAGCAUCAGCAACAGCAGCAGAAUAAGCAUCAUCAUCAUCACCAGAGUCACCUGCAGUUGCAUCACAAGAUCAGCCCCCUGGUCGUCGGAAGCUCCUCCCUAAUUCUGGACGAAGACUGCGCCCCGCCCUCACCAGCCGGAUCGUACAGCACCUUCAGGGAUUUUACUUGGCGCCGCUCGCCGAAACGGCUCCAGACUCUGCCAAUUUCUGCCAGCGCCGAAGUUGACCCGGAGAAGCUGGCCCAGGAAGCAUUCCGUCUGCUGCGGACGGUCCAAAAUCUGCUCAACACCCAGGAACCGUCGCUGUGUCCUUCAUCUUCACAGACGUCGUCGUCCCAGCCUCAGUCCCAAUCCCAGGUGUCCAAUAACAGUUCAUCUAUGGCUAAUGCCGCCUUGGAUGGUCUGCUGUCGGCUGCCGGAGGAUCUGUUACCGGAAGUACUUCGACCCUGGUGGGAGUUGGAGCUGUUGGUGGUCCGGGUGGAGAAGUUUAUAAUACCAGGAGCAAUGUGGGAUUCAUCAGAAAGAUCAAUAUGCGUGGAAGUCGGCUUUCGCUGAGGAGUAGCACGGAUGAUUCGGUACAUUCUACGAGUUCGUCCAACAAGACUGAAACGGACGAGGAUAAUACGGAUCGGCCUUCGCCGCCUCCUGGAGGCCAUCAUCUAUUGGUGGGUCAUCAUCAGCAUCAGAACAGUGGAAGCAGCAGCAGUAGCAGCACCAGUAGCAAUAGUGGCCAUUUGGUUAACCACCGGCAUAGUGCAAACAUCGAACGGAUCAAGGAGAUGAUGAUCUCGAGUUCGGCUGAGGAUGAGAGUGGUUUCAGUUCGAUGAACUCGUUCCAGGAGAUUGGACUGCCGUUGGUAAACUCGACGAUGUUGUCCUCAUCUUCUGCGGCUUCCUCGACCACCGGAGUUUGUUCAGCAGAUUCCAACUCGUCGGCUGCUUCCUCGACCGGAUCUGUGUCACUCGUUUCGGAUGAGUCUUCCGAACUUCGGGAAAAUACUGUGGUUCAAAAGAAGAUCGGCAAUGGGACCUCGAAUGCCAUAAGCCAUGAUUCGAGCGAGAACAGCAGCAGUCCCGCCAAACACGGGAGCCAGCUAUCGGAUAAGCUGGGAACUCCUUCCGCGGCCAAACAGUCGGAUAUUCCGUCCCGGGUGACGCAAUCGCCCGCCUACGAACAUCACAGCCAUUUCGUGAACCAUCGCCGGUGGGAUUCGGCCCCGGUUGUCCCUUCGAAGUUGAAGAUCCAUGGCGAUUCCAGCAGUGACGGUGGAGUUUCCUCCCGGGUCCUGUGGGUGUAGCAUCAAUAGAACGGCGAUCACGGCAACUUCGGGAAGCCACCAGCUGCUUCCCGGCCAAGUUGCCGGACGUCCCUUGCCCGCACUUUGCUGCGAUCCGUUUGCUUCAAGUUCAAGCCCAAUCGUCCACCGGCGAUCGAACGAUUGUAAGGAAAAAAACCCCGGCUAAGGGUUGUCGAAGUUCCAGGUGUAGCAGUAUUUUAGAGCCAGGUGUCCCCCAAUUUGCUUGCAUUUGUUCUAAAUAUUGGACCGAAAAUUUUAUCUCACCGUAUAGCUGAAGAAGAAAAAUGAAAAAAAGAGUGUGUAAUAUUUUAUUAUUUAUAUGGCUUCCCCGUUUCCUUCCAAAGAAGAGACAGAAUCGAGUAUCAUCGUAUAAAGGAUCAUUGCAUUUAUAUGACAGUUACUUUUAAGCUUCCACAAGCCGCUUCCGCCUGAAACAAACAAAUGAAGAAGAAAAAACACGGGAUUCAGAAACAUAUUCUGCAAACAAUGUUCAAGUAUUUUAAAUUAAAGCUUAAAUAGUUAAACGAAACCCGCGCUGCUGUACAGAAAAAAAGCAAAACCGUUUACAAGAAAAAAAAAUCAAAAAAUUAAAAAACUUAAAAGGCAUCCCUAGCCAACUGCCUUAUAAACAAACAAACAAACAAACCGAUCAUUACCAAAGCAAAAGUGAAGGAUUAGUAAGCAGGAAAUAGCCUUACCCAAGCGAAAAAAAAUCCAUAUGUGUUUUUUAGGAAAAUGACCGCGUAAUAGUUACAUUAGUAAUAGCCCGAUAAAUGGAAAAGAGAGCAUUUAUAACCACCACAUGUACUUAUAAUUGAUUAAUGAGAAUAAUAAGCAGAAUGAGAAAAAAAUCAACAAAAACAAUAACAACUAUUCCUAUUUUAACCAAUGCGUCGAUUAUUCUACCUAUUACACGAACCAUUGCAAGCUAUAAAGCUGACUACUAUAAAACUAGGAUGGAUUGAUUCGAAAUUUAUUUUUUAAGAGAACUAUUUUUUUUAAAUGAAACUCGCUCUUAUUUGAGUCCAAAUUCGUCUGAAACCAUCAACAUUGCAUUAAUUUUUUUUAAUGCUGCGGUAGAGAUUUCCUUAAAAAAUUGAUUCAUUUUUAACUCAUUUAAAAAUAAUCGAUAAAAAUAAAAAUUUUCCUUCCAUAAUUUAGAAUAUUUUUAUCACAAGUAUUAACCCACAUAUGUCCCAGGAAUUUUAACCCGUUACAGUCGAAAUUGUCAAAAUUGUCAAAAUUGUCAAAAUUGUCAAAAUUGUCAAAAUUGUCAAAAUUGUCAAAAUUGUCAAAAUUGUCAAAAUUGUCA